AUGAUACUCAAUUGGAUAGUAAUAAUAACUUUAAUCAAAACUGUUAUCACCUUCAAAGAACAACAUCUACCUUAUUAUCCUCCAACAGAAUUAGCAAUUAGCGAUGAAGAGCUUGUUAAUCGCGCAGUUGCUGAGUUACACAAUAUAGACGCCGCUAGUGAUUUAAAUGAAUGUAUGGCUUGUAAAACAAGAUUACAAGUUGCAAAAUUCCUAUCCUUAACUAGACCAGACUUAGUCCCUCAGAUAUUUUCAACUUGGUGUAUUGAAUCAGGGUUUGAUGACAUUCAAUGUCAAAUGAAUUAUGGAUAUCCCAGUGAAGAAUAUUGUUCCAGCGGUAAUGAUUUUGCAAAAUUAGUCAGUUUGAUGAACCCAAGUGGAUCAGAUGGAGAUUUAUUCUGUUAUUAUCAUGACAAGAGAUGUCUGAUAUUACCAGAAUUACCAAUGUUCAAUUUAGAUAAAUUGUGGCCACCAAAACCAAAAAGUUAUCCAGCUCCAGAAAAUAGUGGGACAACAUUCAAUGUUUUACAUAUUAGUGAUAUCAACCUCCAGACUGACUACAAAAUGUUCUCAGAGGCUAAUUGUUCCCAAAGUUUAUGUUGUGCAGCUCAUUCUAAGAAUAUAAAUACUCCUCCAAUUAUUAAUGAAAAUCUCGAAGGUGGCUAUUAUGAAAGUAGUUACAGCAAGAAUCAUUUUGAAAAGGGGCAGUAUCAAGAUAUAAGUAAGAUAAAACAACUCAUGUGGUCUCCAGCAAGACAAUUUGGUGAAUAUGAAUGUGACACUCCAAUGUUGUUAUUAAAUAGUACAAUGCUGGGUAUUAGAGAUUUGCAUCAGAAUCACUUAUCAUUUGAAUUUGCAAUUUUUACUGGUGGGACUGUUGAUCACUCAGAUAGGAGUUAUUUAACCAAGAAUAAAGUUUUGGCUUCACAAGAGAAAAGUUACAAAAUAUUGAAACAUUACCUUGAUGAUGUUCCUGUAAUUCCAACAUUUGGUACUAGAGAUGUAUUUCCGAUUAAUCAAUUACCUCAGAAGAACCUUACAGAUAAUCUGCAUAGUUAUCAAUGGCAAUUCGAUUUCCUUGCUGAUUUAUGGUUGGAAUUAGGCUGGAUUGAUUUUGAUGCUGCUAAACAAAUUAGAUAUUCACAAGUUGGAUUUUCAUUAAUCACUUCUAGAGGUCUUAGAAUCAUUUCAUUAAAUUCGAAUGUUUGGAAUGUCAAAAACUUAUAUGCGUUUUGGAACACUCUUUCAAUUGAUCCUUUUGGAAUUUGGAAGUUCUUAGUUGAUGAAUUACUCCAAGCUGAAAAAAAUCAUGAAAGAGUAUGGAUUUUAGCCCACCUUCCACCCAAUCAUCAAUCAUUACCAUUACCAACUAGUGUCUUUGCCAAAAUAAUUGAAAGAUUCUCUCCAAAAGUCAUUGCUGCUAUAUUCUUUGGAAAUAUUCAAGUGGAUACGUUUAUGGUUCAAUAUGGUGGUGAUGGAACCAACCCCAAAGAAUUAGCUAAUGCUAUAAACCAUGCAUUAGUUGGACCUUCAAUAAGUCCAUUCUCAGGUUUAAACCCUGCUUGGAGAUAUUAUACAGUUGACACAAAUAGUUUCAGCGUUUUGAAUUCAUUCACAUAUUACACUGAUCUUGAAGCCACGUUCCAUAAUGAUGGCGCAGAACCAGUUUGGGACUUUGGUUAUUCUGCUAGAGAUGUGUAUGAUCCUGAUCAAAUGUGGCCGGCUGAUUGGGCCCUAAAUACUGAAUGGUGGCAUCAUGUUGGGGAAAAAAUUCAACAACUGACUGAAAUGCAAGUUACUUUCCAAAAGAAUGAAAAUCGUGGUAGGGAAGUUCAUGAUUUAGAUCCAGAUAUCCAUUGUAGAGUCACUAGUUUUACUAUUCCUUCUAGGAAACAAUGUAUGAUAACUGAUGAUCAAGAUGAUCAUAUAGAACCUGUGGAGCCUAAUGAUUAUAUCCCGUUAUUAAGACCAGAUGAAAAAGUUCAAUAUAUCGAAAAGGUAGGAGAUGAUACAGAUAAUACUGGUGUUUGGAGGUCCCGGGGUACUGCAAAUGAAACAUAUGUAACUGAGUUGGAUGAUUUGGCACAAGUUAUGCAACCUUCCAAUGUAAAGAAACGGAAGGGCAAGAAUAUAUCUUUGAAAGAUAGAGUUAGAGAGAACAACGUUAGAAUCUUGAACGAAUUAAAUAAUCAUUUUUAA